UCGUGGGACGGUAGGUGGUCCCGUCGAGAACCAUGGUGUCCGCUCCGCGUCCCGGCUCCAGGCCGAUGUCCAUGGGGAACUUGACAGUCCAAGAACUGAUGGAACUAGCCGAAGGGGUUAGCAUUUUGAAAGAGAGGACAUCCCUGCAAAGUCGAGGAGGAGGAGGAGGAGGAGGAGGUGCGGCUGGCGUCUCCAACUCUUCGCCUGAAGCUGGUCUACCAGUUCCUCUGCCUGGUUCAGGUAGGGGUCCUACUGGUGCACCUGGACCAGAUUCACGUCCUGGUAGUGGCUCUUCUGAGGCUCUGCUGCAGAGACCUGCGGGAGCCUCUGGGAGUGUAGCAGGUCACCUACCUCCCCCCCCMCCCCCGCCGCACGAUGACGGAAGACGCCGUCCAUCGAUAGGUCCACGGAUCGAAUCCAUCCGUGCAGAGAUUGGAGAAGAAGGGCCACAGCAACAAGACAAGCCAUCGCUGAGGACAGCGGAGGAGGAGCAUCAUUUUCCAGCGGGGGCUGGGAACGAGGCUAAAGGGUCGGGAUCGUUACGUCCUGACGCUAUGGCGGCGGCGGAGGCGAUGCGAGCUGAGCGGGAUCCGUCGCCGUUGCUGGCUGGGAGCCAGACGUCGGGACCUGCGAGCCCCGCCGACCCCCCCGGCAUACAGAGUGCUGCAGCAGCUUCGGUCUCAGCCAGCGGCAGGGGGGAUGCACCUGGACAUCAUGUGGCACUCCCUCGAGAAAGAGACAGCACGGCCACCACCAUUGCCCCGGGGGCGGCGGCGGCCGCCGUCGAGCAUCGUCGGCGUGCAACGGCAGGGCAAGGCGAUACCUACCGACCAAUCAAGCCGAGGAAGAAGGUGCCGGGACUGGACCUGGGCGGACAUCAUCGAGUGAGUAAACGACAAAAGGGCCAGAGUGUUCACGGAAAUUUCCGUCCAGCUGAUCCUGAAGUCAGCUCCCUCCUCUACGACCCCAUGGGCCCCGUUGCAAGCAGCCUGCUGAGAGGAAUGGAUGGGGAGGAGGACGGACCGGUGGCUAUGGACAAGGUAGAGCUUUCCCCGACCAGCGUUAUGUCUGGUCCCUUGGCUGGACCUGGUGGGCGUCACUGGCCAGGUUGGGACCCAACGGAUGGAGAGGGAAAGGGAGGAGGAAGAGGAGGAGGUGGAGGAGGAGGAGGAGGAGGAAAGAGGCUGCAGGACAUUGUAGGCGUUGUCACAUCAUGGACCAUUGCCAAGGUGACGGUUGGCUGCCAGACUGACAAGAGCGAGCUGCCUGCAAUCAGGGAGCUCAGGAGGAUAGUCCUAGAAGUCAAGCGCGAACUGACGGAGGCUUACAAGCAGAUGAAACUGUUGAACAUCGACUUUCAGGUUAAUCAUCAGACAAGGUUGCAGGAGGAAGUAGAUAAGGCAGAGCAGAGAGUGAAGCGUCGGGUGGCGUUGAUCGAAGGGGAUUACCAGAAGAAGAUAGAGUUUGUUAGGGGGGCCAUGAGGACAAGAGUGGCAGAUAUGCAGGCAGCGGACAGCAAGACAAUGGAGGAGGUGGUUCGGGCUGCAGUGGCUGCGGUGGAGGGCAAUUACGAGGAUGGGAAGGCUAGGGGGUGGAUGGAGAGGAAGGAGCUGGAAACUAAGGUAGCUCAGUUGCGAGUGCUGCUAGAGAAAGAGAAGAAGAAGGCCAUGGCGUUGGGAGAAGAGGUGGGGGAGCUGCAGAAACAGCUCAGCAAUCCUGACAAAAUUCCUGCAGUUCGCAGUCUGAAGGAGGACGUAUCUCAGAGGGACAAGCUCAUAGCCCAGCUACGAGAAGACUUGGCCAGACUGAGAGACGCAUUUGUCAAGUCUCAGGCGGAAUCCAGCUUGCAGGCCGCCGCGGUGGUAAGGCUGUUGACGGAGCUGAAGAACUUGCACAAGAUUGCCCGAAGCCCUGCGGCCACCUCGCCUCUCCCCCUCUCCUCCUCCUCCUCCUCCUCUGUGGCUUUCUCUGCACCUGGACAACCCUUCCGCUCAUCAGAGGACGAAGACAGCAUUGAUACCCUUCUGGGGGAUAUAAGUGUUAGUCUAUCUAUCCCAGGUUUUGAUCGACAUCACGAUGGUGGAGGUGGAGGGGGAGGGGGAGGGGGAGGGGGAGGGGGAGGAGGAGUGACCUCCAGAAGCCUUCCGGGGAUCAUGUCUCUCUCCAGUCAUGCUGGGACUGGAUUAGGAGAAGUGGAUGGUAUUAGGAAGAGGAAAAGUGGUGGUAAGCUUUCCAGGAAGCCAACUCGGACGUCGGGAUACGAGACAGCAAGCGAGGAUGGCAAGUCGGUGAAAAGGGUGGGUAGAAGUCCGAGUCCGGCUCGAAGUCGAGGUGUCGAAACGAGGGCAACUUGGCAGCAGGAGGAGCAGCAUCAGGGGCCAGAAGCAGCAGCAACAAUGAAAGCCAUGUCCGGCGAACCUCCCACAGCUCCACUUACCCAACCUCCAGCUGCAGUUGCCGAACCUCCUUCAGCUUUAGAACAUUCGGAACUGCCAGGCCCCGGACCAAGUAUGAGGCCCUCCUCUGCACCCUGGACCCGACGACGCAGCUCGUCUUCGUCCAGGAGUAAAGGGAGAAGGGCAAGGUCCAGCCUCUCCAGGCAGAGCAAGGAGGAGGACAGGGUGGUUUCCUCGUCUCGGGACAAGCUGGUUUCCGAGUCAUCUGGCGGAGAGGACCUGGUCGGGAUGCCACAUGGCGCCUACUCUCUCCUAAGGGAAGUCCCCAAGGUUACCAAGGAAACUCAAACACCGGACUCGUCAACAAGGGACCAGGCCGUGCAAACGAUCAAGCAGGUUCUGAAGCUAAGUCGAACUUGGUCCAAAGAGCCUGGAGGAGCGCAUCACAGUAGUCCCCAGACCUCUCCAGAACCCCAUCGUCUAUCCCCGCCUUCCGAGCUCGAUCGCCCUGCUGAUGAGUUCGUCAUCAACAACCCCCCCCCUCCUCCUCAUCCUUAUUCUUAUCCUGAACCAACUGCUCCGAACCUGGGAUGGAGCAGCUACCGCACGCAAGGGUCACGUGCCCGAAGUCCCGACUCCCUUUCACCGGGCGCAGCUGGCUACAACAUGACUGGCGGGAUAGCCAUGGAUAGGCUGCUCCAUCGGGGGUCGGGAUCGCGACCCGCUAGGUUAGUUUACCAGGGGAUGGAGUCGGGGGAUGCAGGUACUUUGCCCGACUUCGUCCCUGUCAAGCUACGCUAUUGUAUGCUAGGCUGUCCUGUUGUCUGCUCUGCUGUGCUCUGCUGUGCUCUGCUAUGCUCUGCUAUGCAAUGCAAUGCAAUGCUAUGGUUCACUGUGCUAUGCUAUGUAAUGCUAUGCUAUCAUAGGUAUGCUAUGCUAUGGUAUGCUCAAGUGCGAUGCUAUCACAUUCCAUGCUACGGUAUGCUAUGCUAUGCGAUGCUCUUCUCUGCUGUGGUAUGCUGUGCUAUCACUUCUAUGCGCUCUGGUGCCAUGAUAUGCUCAGGGGACAACAUCGAUGACGCAUCAAAGAGACGAUUAUCAUUUUUGUAGCAAUCAUGAUGAAGGCAUCCUUCUGAUUGAUGCUUCUUGUGGAUCCUAGGAUGGGCCUUGCCGCCCUCACUAACAAAUGUGACCGUUCAUG